AAAAUGUAUACACAAUUACACACAUGUUUGUCCUUGGUCUCCCCAGUUACUUUUGCCCCGUUAAACUUUUCUUCAGUCAAACUCAACUGACGGACAGACAGAGCUUUGCGAUCUGAAAAAUGGAGUCGGAAGUCUCAUCCGAUGAAACAUCCACGGUCCCCGGCCUUCUCCCCCUUGCCUCCGCGUCUCAACAGCCAUAUGUCUCCGAACUCCUCUCAUUCACUCUUGAUCGCCUUCAUAAGGAACCGGAGCUGCUACGAGUCGAUGCGGAACGAAUUCGGAGGCAAAUGCAGGAGGUGGCGGUGGUAAACUACCGGGCGUUCAUCUCCUCGGCCGAAGCGCUGCUUGCUAUCCGGGAGGAAGUUUCUUCGAUUGACAAGCACCUUGAAUCUAUGAUAGAUGAAAUUCCUAAGCUUACUUCUGGUUGCACCGAGUUCAUUGACUCUGCCGAAGAAAUCUUGGACAAGAGAAAGAUGAACCAAACAUUGCUUGCAAAUCACAGUACCUUACUUGACUUGCUUGAAAUCCCUCAGCUUAUGGAUACAUGUGUUAGGAAUGGAAAUUAUGAUGAAGCUCUUGAUUUGGAAACAUUUGUUGGCAAGCUUUCAACAAUGCACCCGAAAUUGCCAGUCAUCCAAACUCUUGCAGCAGAAGUAAGGCAGACCACCCAAUCUCUUCUUUCUCAGCUUCUCCAAAAACUUAGAUCAAACAUUCAGUUGCCAGAAUGCCUCCGAAUCAUUGGAUACUUGCGACGAAUUGGAGUGUUCAGUGAGUAUGAAAUGCGCCUACAGUUUCUAAGAUGCCGCGAGGCAUGGCUUACUGGCAUUCUUGAUGACUUGGAACAGAGAAAUGCUUACGAAUAUCUCAAAGGGAUGAUAAACUGUCAUAGAAUGCAUCUUUUUGAUGUUGUUAACCAAUACCGUGCAAUAUUUUCUGAUGAUACAUCAGGAAGGGAAGAGAAUUGUGAUGGUGGGCUUUUAUUCAACUGGGCCAUGCAUCAGGUUUCUUCCCACCUCAGAACUCUUAAAGUCAUGCUUCCCAAGAUCAAUGACGGAGGAUCAUUGUCAAAUAUUAUGGACCAAUGCAUGUAUUGCGCUAUGGGACUUGGUUGGGUUGGACUGGACUUUCGUGGCUUGCUUCCACCUCUUUUUGAAGAGGCAGCCCUGAACCUAUUCACCAAGAACAUGAAAACGGCAGUUGAGAAUUUUCAGGUGGUCCUUGAUUCUCAUCGUUGGGUACCAUUGCCAUCAGUUGGGUUUCCAGCGAGCAGCUUGGGUGAUGAAAGCCAGGAGGAUGUCACUCCUCCUGCAAGUCUAAUGGAGCAUCCGCCUCUUGCUGUUUUUGUUAAUGGUGUAUCUGCUGCAAUGAAUGAUUUGCGUCCCUGUGCCCCUUUAAGUUUGAAGCACGUGCUCGCUCAAGAACUAGUCAAGGGAUUACAAGCCGUUUCUGAUUCUUUGCAGAGAUAUAAUACAACUCGUAUGCUUCGAGAAAAUGAGUCUGUGCUUUUCAUCUCACUUUGUCAUGCAUUUAUGGAGGUUGCUUUUACACAUUGUGUGACAUGCUUUGGUCGUUGUUACCCUGGCGGAGCUUCUCUAAUAGCAGAUGCCAAGAUUUUAUUUGAAGGAAUUACCAAGCUAUUGGCAACCUCUACCUCUCUUAGAGAACUACCCAAACUGAGCCACACUGUUGAGAACAAGAUUGUACCUGACAACAAUGGCAACUUGUCUUUGGUUGAAAAUGGUGGCGGUGAACAAAGUGAGGAUAUUACUACUCCUAACUCUGAAGAAAAAGAAGGGGAAGUCACUGAAGAGAACAAGGCUGUUGACACAUAACUUGAGAGUUUUUGCUACAUCAUUUGGUGCCAGAAAUUUCAGCAACUCAGAAUGCAAGUUUCUUGUGCAUGAACAGGGCACCAAGAUAUUCUCCUUCGCAUAAGUUUCUGUAUUGAUGGAUUUGAUGAUGAUAGCGGAUUUGGGGGGUUAAAUGUGUUACAAUUUACAAAUUCUAUACUGUAUAUUUAUAUGGUAUCCUUUAAGGGUAUAGGAACAUUGGUGGUUUUGAUUGGUUCAAGAGGCGAGAAUAUGACAUAUGAGAAGAAGACACCCCAUUCACUUGAGCAUGCUUAGCAGGGUACGGGUACCAUAAUUUCUAGAGUUUAUUGGUUCUCUGCAAGUGGCAUAGAAUUCUCAAACGUCCAAUAUAUAUUGUGCAAUUCGGUUUGUAAACUAUUUUAUUUCAAUUUUCAAACCAAAUCUACGAAUAGAAUUUAAUUUACAGAAAAUUCCGGCAGUCAGUUCAUGACUGCUGCCAGCACCUAUAGUUGCCACCCAAUGUACUAAGUAUAAUUUAUGAUUUUGUUGGAUGGAGUCUACGGUGG